ACAAAUGACCACAAUCUUUUAAAAAAAUAUCUUUAUAUCAUGUUAUUUUUGUAAUAUGUUUUCUAAUUAAUAUUUCACAUUUUACAGAGGUCCAGCUUCUUAACUCUUUUAGUGCUAGCCUAGAUUGAUGACUGACUAAUUCAUCGUCAUUUUUGCUUUAUUACAAAUCAUAUUUGCAUUACAUUUUGAAGUUCAUAUUGAAGGAUGAAAACUUAUUGUUGUGUUCCAUUUUGUAAGUCAAAAAGCGCAAAAGGAAAUGGAAUUUCAUUCCAUGAAUUUCCAUCAAAAUUUUCAGUGAGAGCAGAGUGGUUGAGAUUUAUUUCUUUGGAUAAAUCCACAAUAACUGAUGGCAAGAAUUAUAACAGGGUUUGUAGUUUGCAUUUCAAAUCAACUGAUUUUGUUAUAACUCUUCAAAGAAGACGCUUAAGCAGUUAUGCUGUACCCUCCCUAUUAGAACCUAAUGCAGACACAGCUAUACAGGAGAAAUGCAAGUUCAAAAGUCGUACCUCUGGAAAAAAAUGUUCUUCCCUGAAACAGAAGAAAAUAAAUGUGCGACAAACUGAUGAUCAAGUUUCAGAGAAAGUCGCUGAUCCAGUACCUUUGUCAUCUGUUGCUAACAGCAGCAGACGCUUGAACAAAAAUGCUGUGCGCUCCAUUUCCCCCUCCUAUACAGAAAAUAAUACACCCACAGCUAAACAUAAAAAAUGUAAGUUCAAAAGUCGUGCUUCUAGAAAGACAGCUCUUAAACAAAAGGAAAUUGAAGCUCCACAAACUGAUGCUCAUGUUUCAGAGAACAUUGCUGAGGCAGAACUUUUAUUAGCAGUUACUGAUAACCACAGUGGCUUGAAAGAAAAUGCUGUGCCCUCCAUUUUCCCCCUUUGCACAGAAAAUAAUACAUCCACAGCUAGACAUGAAAAGUGUAAGUUUAAGGUUUGUACUUCAGGAGAAAAAGCUGUAAAACAAAAGAAAAUUGACGAUCUACGAACUGAUGAUCAAGCUCAAGAGAACAUCGCUGACGUUGGACUUUUAUCAUCUGUUGCUAACAGCCACGGAUGCUUGAACGAAAAUGGUGUGCCUUCCAUUUUCCCCUCUUUUACAGAUAAUAAUACACCCACAGCUAAACGUAAAAAAUGGGAGUUCAAAAGUCAUGCUUUUAGAGAGAAAGCUCUCAAACAAAAGAAAAUUGAUGCUCCACAAACUGAUGAUCAAGUUUCAGAGAACAUUGCUGAUGCAGAACUUUUAUUAACAAUUGCUAAUAACCACAAAGACUUGAAAGAAAAGGCCGUGCCCUCCAUUUUCCCCCUUUGCACAGAAAAUAACUCAUCCACAGCUAAACAUGAAAAAUGUAAGGUCAAGAGUCGCAUAUCCAGAAAAAAAGCUGUUAAACAGAUGACAGUGUGUUCACUACAAACUGAAGACCAAGUUUCUGAGAACGUCACAGAAGCAGAACUUUUGCCAUCUGCUUCUAACAGCCAUGUUUCUGAAGAACGAUGGGAAACAACACAAAAUGUGAGCAAUAUUACCAGCACAAGUACGCAAACUAGUUACAACAUAAUGAAAGAGUUGGAAAAAAAAGAUGUUCAGCUCCAAAAAUUGAAAGCUGCACUAGCAAAAGAAAGAGAAAAAAUGAAGAUGUUGACCACUAAAUUUCAGUCAGUGAGACAGAAACUGAUCUAUUAUGAAACAAAUGAUUGUCACCAAGCUGUAGAAAAUAUCAUUCUAUUGGGAAAACUUGCAGACAGCGAGCGUGCCAAAUUUUUAACAGAACAAAUUCUGAAUUUUUUCUAAAAUCCAACAACUUAAAAAAAAAAACUUGAUUUGCGAGACAGCAUUGUAUUGUUUCCAAAAAGGAGGAAUGCAAAUUUUUUUUUUUUUUUUUUUUUUUGGAGUUGCAAUUGCUUCCUUUUGCCUUUCAAAAGUAUCCUAGCAAAAUAUUUAAGUAAAGUGACCUGACCAGAUUUCAAAAAUUCGUGCCGCUAU